ACAGAAGUAAAAAUCAAGGCAAACAGAUUUUUCAGUAAAACUAUAAUUUACAUCCUAAAACUAAUUGAUUGAGCAACAACUGUGCUGAGAAUUAUUCUAAAACAAUAACUGAAUAGUUCCUGUAUAUAAAUAGUGUCGGUUCCAUUGAAUAAAUGAGAAAUAUCAAAGAUGGCAACAGAAAUGGAAGCUAUGCAGUUGGUUGUGACUAGAGAAUGUCUCAGAAAGCAAUUAGAGGAAUAUGAACUAUUAAAAUCAAUGUAUUCAAAUCCAGGAGAAUUUCAGACUGACAAUCCGUACCUAAUCAAUGAUAUUGAGGCAUACUUAACAGGCGAACGAGCCAGUGUGGAUGAAAAAUUGGAUUAUCGUAUAAAACUCCAAAUGGAUGCAAUAAAAGUAGAACUGAGUGUGAUUCUUAGCAAAAAUUAUCCAAUUAUAGAGCAGCCAAUGCUGAUUCUUAGGACAGACACUUUAUCAAAGCAACAAGAGAAGAUAUUGAGGAGUGCAAUAGAAAAUUAUAUUGAGACAGAAGUAGACAAGUCAGAACCAUACAUGUUUCAAGUUAUUUCAUGGCUACAAGACAAUCUCAAUGAAUUAGUACAAAUUCCAGCAACUGGUGACCCUCAGGAUGAAACUUAUAAGGCUGAUGUUAGUAAACCAUUAAUGGAAAGGGCUUGGCUUUGGUCACAUCAUAUUUAUAGUAAAACUAAGCGUCAGGAUAUUAUGAAACUUACAAAAGAUUAUGAGUUGAAUGGAUUUAUGUGGUCUGGAAAGCCUGGAGUCAUUUGUUUUGAAGGAAUCAGUGAAAAUGUCGAGAAUGUAGUUAAAGACGUAAAAACGUGGGGAUGGCAAAAGCUUAAAAUUGUCAAAACAGAAACAGCUAUUGAAGAUCCGGAAGACUUUUUUCGAUUUAAAGGCUUCCAGGAAAUUGUAAUAGAUGAAAAUGAAAGGAAUGAGAGAAACGAAAAGGAAGUAGGAUUUAUGGACAGUAGUGCAUUCUUUAAGUACUUAGAAAGCCACAAAUCAGGUUAUAUGAAGAAGGAACUUUUUGGAUUUGAAUAAAAGCACGUGAACUGUGCAUUCCUAAUAUUUUCAUACAGUAAAA